AUGUCGGACCCCAUCAUCGCAGGUAUUGCAAGACUUUCUCUCGCCAACGGCGAUGAUGACGACGACGAUGGAGGAGUUCGUCUGUCGCGCUCGUCCUCGCCUCGCCCUGAGACCCCACCUCUGGUGACUGCUCACGCUUCUGACUCUCAUGGCCAGCCCGAAAGGGCUGGCACUGCCUCUGAUGGCAGCUCCGCUGAUGUUCACUCAGCAGCCCUCAGUUCAGUCACUCCCGCUGCCAUCUCGUCCGUACCCAUGAGCCAUCAUGACAUGGCCGUUGCAUCUCUCACUCAUGCAGACAACGUCCAAUACACCGACGAAGUCAGAAACGCAAUCACGCGCGGCUUCUACCAUGUCCGUGACUGGAGAAGACUUCAGCCUGGCUGGACUCCCCGUGACAGCAACCUUGUGUGCACUCACACCGGUCUCGGCAGAGGCCGUGAUCGAGUGAUCGUCGAGCCUCCAACUUGUAUCUCGCACAGCCAGAUGUUCGGCAGAUUUGGAGUCCUUCUGUGCGAAGAUGGCCGUUCGUCAGAAUGCCGCCUCUGGCACCGCAACCUUCUCCACUGUCACCAAUGUAACACAUGGUACUGCCUUCCGUGUGCCAAGCUGCACCGGGACCCUAAAAAGGUCAACGCAAAACAGCGUCAGAGACCUUCCACAUUGAAGAGAAAGACAGCUCGCGCCGCCAAGUUCGGAGCAGCAGCCUGA